AUGGCGAAUACCAAGACCUAUACCGUUUCCCCCGGUGAUCAGGUUGGCUUUGCCGUGAACAUCGAACUGGGUCACCCUGUUCCAACGAGCUAUGUUGCUCCUGGGCCUGGGACAUGGCCUCGUAACUGUGAGGAUGGAACACCUAAUCUUGUCGGCCAGACUGCCGUAUACACUAACAAAGUUUUCGCAUUUCUGGCUAUCCACCGGGAGCAAGCGACAAGCAUUCUCCAUUUUCUCCAUGAUCUGCGCGGCGUCGCCCUCAAGUGCCACAAUUGGUUCGACGACCAGUUGACAAAUGUCACAUCCGGCGUCUCGUAA